AUGAGUCUAGGUAGAAGACACAAGUCCAUUGUGGCUAUUAUUGAAGAAACUAGAGACUUGAAUGCUAUUAGAGUUGAAGAAGGACAAAAUAAAAAGGGCUCAAAUUGGUCUCAAGGUGGAAACUUUAACAACAACAAUGGCUCAAACUGGAGUAAUGGCUCUGGGGGGAACUGGAACAACAGUUUCAAUUCACAAAACAAGCAAGGAAGUAGUAGUCAAGGUGGUGUGACACCACAGUGCCAAGUGUGCCAGAAAUACCACUUUGGUGUGUGCAGAUACAAAAGGAAACCUAAGUGUGGAAAAUGUAAUCGUUUUGGUCAUACUGCAAAAGAUUGUGAAGGUAACAAGCAAGUGGCCAACUGUGCAAAGGAGGAAGAGGUAACCACAGGCACCAUGUUCUAUGCUUGUCACUCUGAAAGUGUGAAAAACAGAAGUGUUUGGUUUGUGGACAAUGCCUGCAGCAAUCACAUGACUUCUCAAGAGUCUGCAUUGAUAAAUAUAGACAGAACUGUGACUUGUAAAGUUAAAAUGGGCACUGGAGAUCUUGUGCAAGCAAUUGGGAAAGACACUCUUGUAGUUGAAACUAAAUGUGGGAAAAGAUACAUAAAUGAAGUAUUGCUAGUGCCAGGCAUGGAUGAGAAUUUAUUGAGUGUAGGUCAGAUGAUGGAGCAUGGUUAUUAUGUUCCUUUUGGAGAAAACAAAGCAGUGGUAUUUGAUGAUAGCAGUCUUAACAAUGUGGUAGCAAAAAUGCUUAUGGCAGGAAAUAGAUGUUUUCCCCUUUAA